AUGAAGCCCUGGACGCAGCUGGAAUCCGAUCGCAAGUGCGUUAACUGUGAGAAAACAGAAACAUUGAAUACGGAAUUGAAAAAUUGCUCCCGCUGCAAGACUGUGGAAUAUUGCUCCAGGGAGUGUCAGAAAGCAGACUGGCCUCGACAUAAAUACAUCUGUCGGGAACGAAAAAUGGGUCUCGCGCCAGUAGUAGGUGCUCUAUUAAUUCUCUCGCAUCGGCAAAAGAUAUGCAUUUCCUUGCUAAGAACGACGUUUACCGAAGAUUAUCAUUGCUCGUGGAUUUUUCGCAAUCAACUCUCUCUCUCUCUCUCUCUCUUUUUCCGUGAGUUUUCUUCUCUUUUAUUAGGUCCAACCAUGUCGAGCGACGCGGGAUCGACUGAGGUGCUCGAUGAACGCGAGGAAGCAUGGAAGAUGCUUGAGCGGAUAGCGGCGGAGACUGAGCACGACCCCGAAAUCAGGAGUGAUGCGGAUAUUUACCUCGAAGAGUCGUUGCGUCAGAUGAAAGCUGAUAAAAUGCGCGCGGGAAUAGAGCAGAAUUUUAGCAAGCCUUCUCGAACUGUAGCUACAGGUGAGCAGAAGAUGCAAGGUGGAAGACGAAGAAAAUCGACUGAAGGCAAGAGCAUCGAGAAAGCGAAUUUUGAAGGUAGUGUGGCCGAUCGAGAUAAACCAGAGAAGAAAGGGACACUCGUGGAGCAAGGCCCCAUGAUAGCACAUUCCUCCCCACCACAAAUGCAGAAUAUUAUUCAAGAUAAUCGAAAUCAAGGCCUGAGCAGCACGGUUGUUGGAGGCAAAUGCGAGCUUUUUGCUGAACGCAGUAUUCCUUGUGAGGCCGACGAUCCGCUAUUCAAAAGCAGACUUGUUUGGGAUCCCGUUGGGCAUGCUGAACAUAUUGAGGACCGCAAAAAUGCAAGUGCAACCGCUGAAAUGCUGAAAAAGGUUGUACCAAUACAUCUUGUGCAGAGAGAUCAGUCAACCAAACAAGAGUGUAGCACAACUAGUUCUUCGACCAGACCUAACGGCAUAUCUCUGAUACGCAACACUUUACUUGAUGGAGCCUGUGGGAAGAAUCGGCGGGAGAUGGAGAGCACCACGCGUGGGGCCACAGCUUCGAUCGCAGUCUUUGAUCAGGAGAAGAGCAGUAUACGCGAUAGCACAUGUUCUACAACAGGUAGUGGAGGUCGGAAAGAGCUUUCUCCACCUCAAGGGAAACAAGAGGAUGAAUUUUCACCCGGUGCUCUCCUUACAGAAAUCGGAGAACCGAGCUCUGAUUCAGAGGACUCCGAUUGUAUUUCACCGGGUGGAGAUCUGCGAGCAUUCUCAGAACCAUCUUCAGACUCUGAUGUAGCGUAAGUAAGUAGGAUUUUUGACAUGAGUAACAUGAUAGGCCACGCAGUCUGUACUGUCUUGCUGUGCCUGCUUGUCUAAGAACAAGGGCUACUACGUGCCGAGUACCCCAAUGCUCGCCACAGCGAUUCAAGUGUGCCAUGUAUGUGCUACUUGAAGCAAAAAUAAGUAACCCAAUCGCGGUGACCGGUGAGAUUAUCAUGACAGAUAUUCCCUUUCCCUCUUCUUAUCGUCGUCUUUGUUUUGUGGUACUUGGUUGCAU